AUGGCAGAUGAUGGUGUUUCCAACGGCAUCAACGAUCAGCAUGAGGAGCAAUCUGUGACGAAAAUCUCUGUGUUGGAGCGUGAGAGAGACAAACUGGUGAGUGAGAACAAUGAGAAGAAGGAGCAAAUCAAGAAGUUGACGGUGGAAAUUGAUGAAGUGAGGAGCAAGGGUGAGGAAAUGAGGGAGAAGAUUGAUGAGUUGCAGGCUGAAGUGGAGAGGUCGCAGGAUGAUGUGAAGGCUACGGAGGCUAUUGCGGCUAGGGCGGCGGAGCUUGAGACUCAAGUGGCUAGGCUUCAGCAUGAUAUGGUUUCGGAUUUGAGUGCUGGGGAAGAAUUGAAGAAGGAGUGUGAUGAAUUGAAGGCGGUUUUGAAAGAGAAGGAGUCUAGGGUUGAAGAUUUGGUAAAGGAAGUGGAGGGGUUGAAGAAGGUGAAAGCGGAGAGUGAGGUGAGGUUGAGGGAUUUAGAGAAGAGAAUUGGUGUUCUUGAGAUGAAGGAAAUCGAGGAGAGGAAUAAGAGGAUUAGGGUUGAAGAGGAGUUGAGGGAUACGAUUGGUGAGAAGGAUAAGGAAAUUGAGGGUUUUAGAAACAAGGUUGAGGAAUUGGAGAAGGUUGCUGGUGAGAAGAAACAUGAGUCAGGGGACUGGUCAAAGGAGAAACUGAGUUUGCAGAAGGCGCUCAAAGAAUCUGAGGAGAAAGCAAAGGGUUUUGAAUUGAAUAUUAUUCAAUUGCGUGAGGAAGCAGUGGAAACCGAGAAGAAGAUCAGAGCACUGAAUGAAAAAGCUGUUGAGAUAGUUGAUAGAGAUUUAAAUGGGAUACAGCGUGAAAGGAAUGAAGUUAAGUUGCAGUGGCCGAUUGUAGCAGCAGGAGCGGGAUCUACAGUGGCUGUUUUUGGGGCAGCAGCUUUGAUCUAUGUGUACUGCUCAAAACGGAGGUGA